CCCGCCCACCGGCGCUCCGUCGCGGCCCCGCCCCGCCGUGCCGUGCCGGCAGUCUCCUGUCAGGCAGCCCCCGCCGUGCCCGCUCCGCUCCCCGGCUCCCGCCGCUAUGUACCUCUGCAGGGCCGCCUCGCAGGCGCUGGCCUCUCGCCUCAGCCGGGCUCCCUCUGCUGCGAGCCGCCUCAAGCAGCGCGCACCUCUUCGCCAGAUGUCAUCUGGGAGUGUUCCUGGCUCUUCUGGAGAGACCAUGAUUUACUAUCUGCUUGCUGGUGUUGCUGCUUUUGGUGGUUUAUUUUAUGCCUACAGAGUAGUCAGUUCAUCCCGCAGCAAGUAUAUUGAACAUAUGAAUAUUCUUCAUGAGAGAGCUGAGGGGCGGAAAAACAAAUCUUGGUCAAGCAGGGAGGGUGAUGAAGAAGAGACAGCUGAAGUCCCUGAAGCAGAGACAGCCACGGAAGAGGCUGAUGUAGCAGCUGCGGCUGGACCUACAGCACAGGAUGAGAGUGCUGGGGUGUCCCCAGAAACUGGAGGGGAGACCGACUUACCGGCUCCAGAUGCACCCCCUGCUGUGGAGGAAGCACAGCAGGAAGCUGAUGCUAAUUUGGAAGUUGCUGCAAAUUCAGAAGCUGCUGCAGUGCAAGAAGCUGUGAGUGAAGUCUUGGAUGUUGCAGCUUCUUCUGCCCAUGAGGAAAACUUAGACAGUGUCAAGGAAGGAGAAGCCUCGGCAGCUCCAGAGAUUUCUGACACAUCCUUGAAGAGCCAGGAUGUUGAUGCUGAGGAGUCGGGACAAACUUCAGAAGUUUCUGCGGAGGAGAAGACACCUGAAGAAGUUGCCAAGGAACCCUAAAGUAAGCAGCACUGAAGCCUUUGAAAAGUUUAAUGGAAAUAUUCGUGGCAAUCAACCAUCUGAUUCCUGUGUGAAACCUCAUAAUCUUCCUUGGAGACAUAAAAGAAAUUGUGCAGUUUGUCACACCACACACUGCUCCUUAGGACCAGUAUUCAUUGCUGCAGCAGACAACCUAAUACGAUUUAAGUUGGUUAGAGAGACGCUUCUGUGAUUAACAUCUCUGCUUUAAAAAGUAGCAUCCAGUAAUAACUGUCAAAGCACGACCCAGCAUGUAAUAAAUACAUGUGCUAAGAGAAGCGGUAGACUUAACUGAAACCACGUCAAGUGAACUCAUUCUAGGUCUUUGUUGUCUCGUUAUGUACAUCGGUUUCUUACUUUUGGUCCAAACUGUGGUGCAUCAUUAUACCAUUGUAACAGUCCAUGCUAAAAUGUAAGGAAAAGGUUUUAACUAAGUUAAAAACUUAUACAAAUGACCUGUUAGUGUUUUUAAAUCGGGUCACAGGGAAAAUAACAACCUUGUUUGCUCCUGAGUUUGGAUUUGCAAUUGUAAGCAUAGGACAUUUGUCUGUACAAGAUCUAAUUUUUCCCCUCCAUAAACAUUUUUGAUGCUAUCCUUCCUUGCACAAUAAUAUCCAGAAGUAAGUAUUUUUAAGGCUCCUGCUUUGAGAACAAAACCUGUUUGCAAGUAGUAGCAAUAGGUACUUUAUAGCAUGAAAAUCAAAGUAGCACCGCUUGAAGUUAUCAUCAUUGAUGGAAGUGGUGGCUCCUACCUUGGAGGUGCUGGGCCCUAUUCCUACCAAACCUUAUUCAUCUUGCUGUAGUCUUUCUGUGUUGUUCUGUCUUAGCAGUGACAUGCAGCGGUGGCAUGACAACACGGAGCUUUGAGAGAACACUCCUGUACAAAUCACAAGCUAUUUAGGCUAUGGUAAAGCUGCUCUCCGACCGCUCACAGAUGGCCAGCAAAAUCCUGUGGAAGGCUAUGCCACAGGUGUUCAAAUGGACAAGGAUUCUUAGGGACUAAUAAAGAACAGAAUAGCUAAAUAAUCUUCUCUUUUUAGUAUUGCUUUAAUAAUGAAAAAAUCUGUAAUGAAUAAUGAGUUUGUAUCACGCUGUACUCCUAACCCUCCAUUGUGCUGCUAUGUGCAUGUGUGUGCACCUACUACAGAAUUCUUACUGAGACAUAUUACAGCCAUGACAGAAUGGUGAUAAUUCUAAACCGGGGCCAAAUAAGGUGAAUUAUACACAAUUUAUACAGAAAGUGUGAAUUAUAAGGUGCAUCUGACUGCUUACUCUUCAAGCAGAACUUUGGAAAAAUGCUGAAAGGGAAAUCACAGCAUUAUGACAUUCCUACCCGUGGCACAAAGCAACACAUGCUCCUUUCCCCAUCGGAAGGCAAAUUGUAACAGCAUUCCAACAAAAAUGCAGCCUAUUGCCCCCAUACCUGCUUAGGAAUAACUGGAAUAAUGCAGAGGCAAAAUCAGGCUCCUGAGCUUCAAGAAGCCAUACCACAGCCUUCUGCUUAACGGAUAAAGCCACCGUGACGAAAAGCAAUUUUUGUAGACAAAGCUACUGGAAUAAAAGUCUUAGACUGAUAUUUUUGGAUGAGAGUCUAUCUUUAUUUAUCUGGUAGAUUAAACAUCCUAUGAUGGAUGCAUAUUCUUAAAUGUUCCACUUCAUCAUUUUCACUUAUUCCCAGUAAAAUAAACUGUUUCUAAUUUCUGCAGCUGGCAGUAGGGUUUCUGAAAUUGUAGGCUUUGCUGAAUGUCACUUUUUCUUUGGAACUGCUCUGGUACAUGGCAAAAUAUAUUAGCCCUUGGGAAGAGAUGCCUGAAGAAUUGAAACACAACCUAUGACGUGCUUUCCAAAGAUUUUAAUCUUUUUGAUUUCAAAAAAUCUAAGAGUCCCAGGAUAGCCUGUACGUAUGCUUCAUGUCAGAGAUCCCCCCCCCCUUUUUUUUAAUUAUAAAAAGGACACUACUCUUGAGAACAAAACUCUACCUGUGAUGACAUGCAGCACAGCAUGGUCUGCUUCAGCCCUUGAUUAUCCUAGAUUAACAACAGAGAUAUUUUGCAAUUCACAGAUGGCUGCUCUUCAAAAUAAAUAGUCAAUAACCGUG